GGCCUACUGAUUAAGAUAAGAGGUCCCGGAGACGAAUGUCUUAUCAUCGAGACCAGCGACAAGUCGAUGUCAUCGCGCUCGAGCCGUGAACAAUGUUGUCAUGCUAACUCCCGACAUCCAUUGAGUAGGGCGCUGGGUCCUCAGUUGAAUUUGGUCGUCGUUCUGAGCAACCCCUAGUCGUCUCGUCUUCAUCGCUAGUGGGAGGCAUAACGUCCUCCUUGUCAAGAUCGCUGCUAAGAGGGACAAUGUUCUCCUUGUCUUUGUCACCGCUGGGAGGUACAAUGUCCUCCGCAUGUUUAACGCCAUUGGCAGAUAUGACGUCCCCCUCGUCCUCAUCGCCACUAGGAGACAUGGUGUCCUCCUCGUCACUGCUUUCGACGGCGUGUUCUUCGCUCAUUUCCAUCCCGUGUCACUCGCCAGAGGUUUUCUUUUGGAUCGUCAUUGACUGUCGAAAAGCUAUCGGAUUUCUGGGAAGUUUGACUCCCGGCAGAAUUCCGAGGGUCGAGCAGCAGCUGUCCACUGGGACUGGGAGGACUGAACAAAUCUGAUUUGGAGCUUGUUGUCGGCGAGGAAGCAGAUCUCGAGUGGUGAGGAUUUAUAGAGCCUUUCCCAUUUCCUUUGGGCACGGUCACGUACUCAGGAUGGAGCAGGUGCCAUUGUGUCGGGGGUUUUGUACGUGACCAUGCCCAAAGGAAGUGGGGAGGGAUCGAGGAAUAGAUAUGAUGUGUUAUAAAUAGAAGAAGAAUAGAGUUGAACAGAAUAGAAGAACAGAAUAGAAACUGGUAACAUUUCCCAAUUCUUGUUGUUGGCGGUCUCUGGGAGAGAGAAAAGAAGAGGGAGGGGAUGAUUGAGUAAAAGGGAAAGGAGGGAGACAUGGACCCGGAGGGAAACGAGUGCCUUCCUUUUUUCGCAACUCGUCCUAAAGCAACCACCCUACACAUGUGUGUGAGAUGAUCUUGAGGGCCUCCUUGCACUUGAUAUUGAUAGACACAAUGAGUUCCGAAUCAAGAGCGCCCAACGUUAGCACAACCGAGACUCAUUAGGAUUUGAACACCACUUGGCCUCCAGUCGAGUAUAUCGACAAUUAGCUAUCAGGGCUUCUUUUGGAAGACAGCGACGUCUUCCAACACUGUGUGGCUGCG